CAAUACCGCCUGCGGUGGAAGGCACAUCGCCCAGACCGCUAUAUAUACCGAUAAAACACAGUUAGAUCAUCAUUGUCUAGUGCCUUCACCCACCCAACGCAAACAUGAAAUCUAUUGUUCUUUUUGCCCUUGUAGCGGUGGCCGUGGCAGCUCCGCAAGACCAAACCGCUCAGAUCCUUAAGCAAGACAGUCAGAUUGGCCCCGAUGGUUCAUAUCAGUGGGCAUACGAAACUUCCAACGGCAUCGCGGCUGCUGAGCAGGGAGCUCUUAAGAACAUUGGCGCCGAGGAGCCUGCCCUAGAAGCGCAGGGCCAGUUCUCGUACACUAGCAUCGAUGGCACCCCCGUGCAGCUCUCGUACAUCGCUAACGAGAAUGGCUUCCAACCGCAGGGCGCCCACCUGCCCACCCCGCCCCCGAUCCCUGAGGCUAUCCAGCGCGCCCUCGCCUACCUCGCCACCGCUCCUCCUCAACCUGAAAACUAAUUGAGAAGUGAUUAGUUAGGCUAUCAAAAACGUUGAAGAGAACAAUUAUAAGGUAUCUUAUAACGAAGACAGAGUGCAUGACAUUAAUUGCAAAUAGUUGAAUUAAAAAAAUGCACAUGAAGACAUUAAAUGCAGCUGAGACUUUAAUGGUCAUGUGAAUGCUCAGAUAUGUUGUGUUUUUUAUAUUAUAGGUACUCUGUAGAUUCCUUUGUCAUGUAAACCUGUUUUGUCAUAAGGUAUCUAAAGCCAACAGUGCUAUAUUCGGCGUUGUAGCUGAUCGCGCACUAGUCCGUUGCUAAAUGGAUUUGAUGUUGGUGUUUAGUUAAAAUUUUAUUGUACAAAGAUAUUUUUAUACUUUUUAUACAUACUUGAAGAUAUAAGUACAUUUAAAAAUCUU